GCCACUAUCACGCCCGUUGACGAUGCUGCAGUUCGUAUGCGUGCCAAUCAUUCAACCCUGUCAGGAUGAAGAUCAGUCAAUGCUGUCCAACACUGUAUCUCUCCUGUCUUUCAAACGAUUGCUGGUCCCUUGUGCAUGCAGCUUGAAUCACCCAGUGCCUUGAAACCAGUAUCUUCUCGAUGGAUGGUACGUCGACUCUCGGGGUACUGCAGACAAAGGCUCCCUUUGGACCCUUAAAAGGUAAAGGACAGUCUCGAUGACUGGACUGAUACCCGCUCAGCUGCCUUUGGGCCUUCGUCGUCUCAUUCAUCCCCAAGUACCGAAUCGACGCUUCGAGCCUCAGCUCCCAUCGCCACACCCGAGGUAGAAGGCGGCUGGCUGUGUUGCUUUGGAGUGAGUUCUACAUGGUGCGAGGACGGUCAGUAAUAGCUGAUGAUACCUGUCAGAGAUGGCGAGACAAGACUCAAGCGUCAGUACACAAUUCUUCCUGCCCAGGUCGUUCGCCGCGCUUGCCAUUGCAAAGCCGUCAUUGCGAAUCCUCACGACCUCUCCCUCCGUACACACGAUCCCAAGCUGGAAGUAAGACCGCGGUGGCAGUGUUGGCGUUCCAAAGGAGGAUCAAGCGUCGAACCAGUCUUCUCAGGAUGGUCGCCAGCGACGAUCAAGCAGAAGAAGCAAUUCUGGAGGUCCCGAAACGCCGCCAGAGCACGUCUCGUGUUCGCACCCAGGUACUCUACUCCUGAAAACCGUCAAAGGCCGGAAGGAGCUCCAAUCCAGGCAUCUGAAGCUGAGCAGAUAGCUGUGGGAUGGAGAAGCCACCGACGGAUGCUCGCUUCUUUCCAGUCGGGAGGAUAUCCUAUUCUUCGAGAUUCAGCGGCGUACCGGCUCCCACUUCCCAGCGAUCCCGAUCUACCUCGCUGGAUGGAUAAAUACAGAACAGUGUACUCAAGUGUCAGCCUUGAAGCGGGGGUUUCGGCGUCAACAGGAAGGGAACACCGACUCAGUCAACUGCCGCAACCACCUACUCAGCCGAUUGACAUCCCGGUCAGACGACAGACGGCGCUAAAUAUUUGGCGUCGAUGAUCACCUUUUGCAAUGAACGCAUCCGUUGUUUCACUAUAUUCCGGACAGUAGGUAACAUGUGUCGACUGCUGGGCCUUAUCACACCCUUUCAUGUGACAUGCAGGCUUCAUGAAAAUGAUC